AUGGCAACUGCCUCACAGCGUGAGUUCUUCUAUUCUGCUGGGCUUCUGGCUCUGGUCUUGGCAUGUUACUCUAACGCCAUCUCCUGUGGUUUCGCCUAUGACGACAAAGGCGCGAUCUUAAAAAACGAGGACCUCCGACCAAAUUCAUCUAUCUCCAAAUUGUUAUUCAAUGAUUUUUGGGGGGUGCCCAUGAACAAGGAUCAAGAUGUGAGUUGGUCUCGCGGUAAUGUGCGUGGUACGGUCAAGCUCUAUGAUGUUUUCGCCUACAAACUGACUGAGGCUGAUCUUGACUACGAUCCUACCAACUUGCCGAACUACAAAUCAAAUUCUUCAGAUGAAAGUCACAAGUCAUACCGUCCACUGUGCGUUCUUACUUUCCGUCUCAACUACGCUCUUGGAGAGUUAAACCCAUGGGGUUAUCACCUUGUCAACGUGGUGCUGCACUGGGUGAUGUGCGUCCUCUUCUUGAAAGCGGCUAAACAGAUCAUUGAUGAAGAGAGCAGUGUAAACGCAUCUCUUCUCUUUGCAGUACAUGCAGUUCACACCGAAGCGGUUACUGGAGUGGUCGGAAGAGCUGAAAUACUGUCCUCUGUCUUCAUGCUACUAUCGUUCAUGGCUUACGUCAAAGCAGCCGAGGCCAAUAGCACCACAAACUGGAAGUACAUGAGCUGGUCGGCUUUACUCAUCGUUAUGGCAACUGCCUCUAAAGAACAGGGCAUUACUGUGGCUGGCAUAUGCUGCAUCUAUGAAAUAUUUUACAUACAGAAGAUAUUCAAACCCAGCUGCUCUGUUCCCCUUCCCAACCCGUCACCUGACCCACUUAUACCUUCUGCCAGUCAACGCUUGGCUCCUCCUCUAUCCCUCAGCACUGAUCUGUGA